AUGAAGAGAGUUGAUGGUUGCUUCUUCGCUUCUGCAUCUCAUUAUCUUGAAAACUUAGAAUGUCUUGAAGCAUUCAUAGACAGAAUGAUCAGCAGACUUAAAACAACUUUGAAUCAUCAUAAAACGAUUAACCGAACUGCAAUUAUGUUAAUUAGUUCGUGUUGUGCAAAAAAAGAUGAUUUCUUACUAAGAAAAGCUGCCGUGUUUAUUUGGGGUCUUGAAGAGAUGUUUGAAGAUAUUCGUGGUUUUUCUUGCGUGUUGUGUUUUAAAGAAAUUAUGAAGACUUGUAAAAUCAAUAGAUAA